AUGGCGGCUCUUAUUUCUCUUGAUAAUCAAAGUAUUUGGGUGCCACCAUCGCACAUGUCUGCCAGCGAAUCUUUCAGCAAACUGUCACCCGGCAAGCAGCAGGAGCCAUCGCAACAAGACAGAACUGCCAGAUCUUGUCAGGACGGAUAUGUGCUGCCCAAAAGCGCACUAUCGCAUCGCCAAACGACCAGCAGCGAGGUCAUCACCAUCUCGUCGGAUGAGAAAUCUGAUACGGACGAUGGAGAUAGUGGUGUCGAUGGCACGCUGCAGAGUUCUCGGCCUCGUGGAUCGCCGUUGUCUGUUGCGGGCGAUGCGCCCGGGGAGUGGGAAGAAUCUUACCACGGAAAAAUGGACCAACACUCUCCUCGACUUCUCGGCACUGCAGAUGAUCAUAGUAUCGCUUCUCUACCACUAGAUGAACAAGAUCCAGUUUGCACGGAAAUAAGAAGUCCAACACCACCUAGCCCUGCAGCCGGCCACUCUAUGGAGACCCCAUUCAGCCAAUUUGUAUCCGCGCCACAAAUUCCAGGUUGCUCCGACGAAAUGGCACCUGAACCGACAGACUCCUUCGAGGCUGUUCAAGAGUCUGGCGAUGAACUCUGCCCUUCUCACCAGCCUGAAACUCGAGGCGCCACCCGGCCCAAUGCUAAUGAUAUCGACGGUAGUGAUAACGACACCUCCACAAAUGUCCAGCAGACGCGUCAAAGUUCUCCUGUGCCUGUCCAACCAAGCACUAGGCCGUUUGACGAUGCGGCUGGCCGAAGUUCAAUGCCAAAUGGCAAGCACCCGAACGAAAGCAACGAGGCAGAAGGCUCCUUGGGCUGCAGUCGUCAUGGGUGCCAGCCCGUGGAAUCUGAGACCCAAUCUCUCGGGGAAACGGGUUUCCAAUCCGGUGCCGCCACCUCCAAAAGAUCCGUCACUAAACCGCAAGCAAGGAACCACGGAAAAAAAUUAUCGGCGAGCGGAGAUCAACAUCUAGAUGCUACCAUUGCAAGCUACGAGGAAUGGCUUCUUUCAGAUGCCGUGCUCAAGUGCAUACGCGAUAACGGUACCAUGACUUUUCAAAUGCAAUUCACGCACACGCUCUCACCCUGUGGUAUGCGCACUGGACAUCCACCAAAGACGACAAAUGAGUCACCCAAAUACACGGACCAGCCGCAGUGCCACGCAGGAAAGCCCAAAGACCGUGGGUUGCUCAACAUGAAUUCUUUGACAUCAGACAAAGGCGGUACCACCCAUCAAGCAUCGCCGAACGACUCUGACGAUACUGAUAUCUACAAAGCGGAAUUACUAGCACGAUGGGGUAAGAACAUCUUCUUCCUAAGAUGGGACAUUGACGGCAGUACCGGUUGGGAACCACGAAGAAACACUCUGGACCAGAAAAUGCUACACAGCUUUGAGUCGACUUAUGCUGGAUUUGAUGAGGGAGUCGACGUGCUGAGCACACGGGAAAGCAAACGCGGUAAGCGACAGUGUCUCUUGCAUUUCCACGGUCGCCCGCAAGCCGAGGACUCUUGGGUAAAGGAGGAACUGUUGAGUCCCAACCUCCUAGAAAAAGCCAGGUACAGUGGCAUGGAUCUUAGGAGACAUAAUACAGCAACUCAGGAUGGCAGUAAAUAG